ACGCAAGUUUGUACCUCCAACCGGAUGCAACUUCUAACGCACGCCUGAGCAAAACAUGUGUUGGAACUGACGCUGCGAUCAUCAUGUAUCGCCCGAUUUAAUAACUUAGCUAGAGCUUGAUGUAUUUGCGCAUAAGUUAUUUUGCAUUGCAGUAUUUGAUUUCACAGCCCCAUGAUAAUUUCUGAAUAUAUUUGCUAUGUUCAUGUGGCAAGCUAGCUCACCAUAUUGCUUUUCAUUUUAAUGAGCUAGCAGAAAGAUCUAUUUCGUAUCGCAAGCUUUAAGGGCUAGCAGUCAUUUGACAGUAUAGUUGUUGCGUUUGAAGGAUUCUGCAUAACUUCCAUAGCUCCAUUUAUGGCUGAAGCUGUCUUCCAGGCGCCGAAACGCCGUGCCAGAGUGUAUGAGUCGUACGAAGCCCCCUUCCCUGUUCCAUCCGGCACGGAGGAUAAACUGCAAGAACACCGUGUGUAUAGAGCAGAAAUUGUAAACCAUCAUGUCAUCGUUAGGGAUCCCGACCACAUACAAGCCUUAUAUGGAAAGGGUUAUUUCGGGAAGGGUAUUUUAUCAAGGAGCAGACCGGAGCACAGCAUCUCUAAUAAGUGGAGAGCUGUCAAAGACAGGUAUCUGCCAGUGGUUUCAUUAUCAAAGUAUGAGCAGUGGGUCAACAUGGCCCGGGAUGCUCUCCUUGCACAAGGGUUGGACGAGGAGGAUGCCAGUCAGAUGCUUGAGAAGUACACACACCCACUGGAGUUGGAUGUGAUUGGCAGGACCACAGUGGAAGAGGGAGAUGGUCUUGAUGUGGCCAUGCAUAGCCCUGACAGCAGGGAGGCAACAGGGAGCUCUCCUUUCAUAUCUGUAGGUCAGGGAAGUCCAGAGCCUUCUGGAUGUGCCCUACUGGAGGGCGAAAGACACCCUGAAGAGGACAUUGACUCUGACUGCUGUGGUGGUAAGAGGCACAGGCGGCAGGGUGAUCCACAGUACGACCCUCUGGCUGAAAGGUACCCCCAUGAGCCCGAGCAAGUGGACCAGAAAGCCCUGUCUAGCAUUAAGUGUCCCAGGCACGAUGACUGGGUAGUCCACUGUGGCUGCCAAGUGAACGACAGCCUGCUGAGGGUGGUCGCUGAGACAGACACAGACAAGCAGGGCCCAACCCUCACUGCGGGGUAUGAGUACGUCCUUGUCGAGGAGCAGGAGGAACAGAAGGGUGUGGAUGCUUCCAACAGAACAGAGCAACUGUUAUGCAGGAUCAACCCCAUUAGGAUUAUAGAGUAUCUUCAGCUGAGUCUUGAAGAGGCUUUCUUCUUGGUGUAUGCUUUAGGAUGCUUAUCUGUAUAUUAUGAUGAGGAGCCGUUGAACAUUGUAGACCUGUGGAAUGAGUUCAGGUCAAUGCAAGACAAGUUUGAGACCACCUACGUGGCGUACCACUACUUUCGCAGUAAAGGAUGGGUCCCCAAGGUUGGGAUAAAAUAUGGAACAGAUCUCUUGCUAUACAGGAAAGGACCACCAUUUUAUCAUGCAAGCUACUCUGUUGUGGUGGAGAAAGUGGAUGAUUCUUUUAAGGGGGCAGAGCUGCGACCGUUCAGCUGGAGGUCACUGGCUGCUCUCAGCAGAAUCACUGGAAACGUCUCAAAGGAGCUAAUGAUUUGCUACGUUAUCAGGCCAUCGGAUAUGACAGACGAGGAGUGGUCUUCUCCAGAGUGCAUCAAGAGGAUCAAAGCUCAGGAGAUUAUUGUGAGCAGAUGGGUAUCAUCUCGAGAACGCACAGACCAAGAGGAAAUAUGACCACCACACUUGAAGGGCUUUCUCACCAGUUAAUAAUUUUUUUUUGUCAUGUCUCUGCUGCUUAGAAAUUUUUGUAUUGGGUUUGUCUUUUACAUUCCACAUGCAUACAAACAGCAUUGCUUGUGCAAUCUUUAUCUUAGGAAUUUUAGGAUGAUUUUUGGACCUGUGAGUCGUGUUUCAUGAAAAGACCGCUGAACCUACUCCUUUCCUUUGAGGACAAUAGGAAUGAUGUGCCCCCUUUUCAUAUUACAGUUGCGUUCUCUGAAUUGUACAAGUGGAAUUUUUGGUUUCUGAAUAUUAAUGAUUUCUUAAUUGUUAAUAUUAUUAGUAUUUAUUUGUGCCAGAUGCACGUGUGGAACAACAUACAAAGGGAGCCAAAUGACAAUAUUGUAAUGCAAUGUAUGAAAAAGUAAGAGGUACAUUAGUUUGGCUUUUUCAAAUCAACUUAAGAAGAACAAUAGACAUUAAGUAGAAGCCAGCCUAAGAAGAAAAACGGUAGGUUGGCUUUUUUGAGCCAGCUUAAUUACAAUAAAUAUCCUUCAACUGAAAGACAGUGCUACAGUAAAAGCAUACAGUAGAGCAACAAAUAGAGCAGAGCUCUACCAUGAUCUGUAAAAGCGGUAUUCCCAUAAGUGCAGUGUUUACAUUGUGCCAAAAAUGAUUAUAAAGAACAUGGUGAAUUUGCUUCAUGCUGUCGUACUCAGUGAACAGUGAAACUGCUCAUUUUAGAAACUGCUUUAAGUUUAUAUCAUUUUAUUUGCCUCUUAGAGUGUGGAGCAUGUGGUAAUACAGCACUUUUAAAGAAUAAUUCAAUGAUUAAUGAUUUCAUUUGAAUCAAUGAUUAAUGGUUUCAUUUGAAUUCUUGACCAUACACGUGCAAAACUCACUGAAGAGGCUAUUUGUAAAAUGAUAACUGAAUGAAUAUGGAUAUUUCGACACACAGCACAUGAUGGGGCCCCGACAAAGAGUAUUUCAGUUCUUGGUGGAAUUUUUCACCACAGCGAGCUGUAGGUACUCCCCAGGCCAUUGUGUAGAGCAAGAUGAUCCUCGCAGUAAGUGGAGCACUUUCCUGUAGACUGGGACCAGAAGGUGUGAGGCAGCUCGGCCUAGCACAGACACAGGCAGCGGAGCAUGUGACUACCGCCUGAUGGCAGUAUACCUGAGUAGACUGGAGGUCAGG